AUAAAAUUUUGCCGCCAUCGUGGAGGCAGAUAAGCCGUUGACCCGCCAAACCUCGUCGUCAACAGCUCAAAAGAUCCGUUUACACCAGCGUGUUCAUAACCAAUUUUUUUACCAUCGCUUUGUACUGAUAAUCCUGCCUGCUAAUUGAUAUAAUUUUGAUCCGCACCUCGCGUUUAUGAUUUUGAGUGAAAAAAACACUUGAUUGUGAUCAAAGUAAAUUUUUUUUGUGAUAAAUAAUUUAUUGGGGGCCUAGAUCUACUGAUUUUUAGUGAUUUAUAUUAUUGGUGAUUGUUAGAAGAUCGUGAAAUGGCUAAAGUACAAUUGGCAAACGUUGCUGUACUUGAUAAUCCGUCACCAUUUCUUAAUCCGUUUCAAUUUGAAGUUACGUUUGAGUGCAUUGAAAAAUUGGAAGAAGAUCUAGAAUGGAAGAUGAUUUACGUUGGUAGCGCUGAGUCCGAAGAGUUUGAUCAAGUACUUGAUACUAUUUACGUUGGACCCAUUCCUGAAGGCAGACACAUGUUUGUUUUCCAAGCUGAUCCACCAGAUGUGAGCAGAAUUCCAGUCAAUGACGCAUUGGGAGUUACUGUUGUCCUCCUUACCUGCUCGUACAGAGGACACGAGUUUGUACGCGUUGGUUAUUUUAUAAAUAACGAGUACACAGACCCGGAACUCAGGGAAAAUCCACCAGCGCAGCCACAGUUUGAUAAAGUACAGCGCAAUAUACUGGGAGACAAGCCGCGAGUUACGAGAUUUAAAAUAAACUGGGACGAUGGUGUUGUACCUGCAGACACGGCUGAGAAUCCAGCCAAUGACUCGAUGGAUCCGUCACAAGAUAUGGAAGACAGUACUCAGGAAGAAGCUCCAACGGCUCUGAGUUUCACUGAAAAUACGCAGAGUAGUAUGGAAGUCAUGUGAAAGUAUGUUUGUCGUGAUAGAAUAUUUAUAGUUAUAAUUAUAAUUACGAUUAUUGAGUAUAGGUAACAAAAUAUAAAGGAUUAUUUUGAUAAUUACUUUCAGUUAUUAAUUUUUUUUCGUGUGUAAAUUUAAUUAUUCUAUUAAUUUUGUUUUUCCUUUUAAAUCUGUGAAAAAAAUUACAAAAGCAUUCGUCUGUAUAAUUUUUAAAUUAAAAUCAGCGCGAACUUUUUUUGAAUCUUAGAAAUUUAGAUUUU